AUGGAGUAAUAGAAUAACUCUUAAAAUAUUCUAGAAGAUUUAAUGAAAUCUAACUUGAAAGCUCUAACUCAUAUUGACUUACAGUUAAAAAAUUGUAUUCUUAGUAAUCAAUAAGUUGCUUAACUUAACAACACUUUAGUAUAAUGUUAAAAAUUAGAAUCUUUAGUAUUAAAUCUCAAUAAGGAAAAUAUUUCAGAUGAUAAAAUAAAGUAAUUAUUUGCUGAAUAUCCCAUCUUAGAGAAUUAUGUUGAAACUGGUAAUAAUGUGAGCAAUGAUUAAAUAUAUGCCCAAAUUUAGUUUUUCAAAAAUAUGUUUGACUUAGGAUCUAGUGCUUGUGAAGAACUUGUAUAAAAUGAAAUUUAAGCUUAAGGAAAUAUUCUAUUAGAAAAAACUAUGGGCAAUCUAAUUAAACUCAACAGUUUACAGCUAAAUUUAGAUGGAAAUUAAAUUGGAGAUGAAGGUGCAGUUUGGAUUUUCAAAAUAUUAUGUAGAUGCAAAACGCUUACUAACUUAAAUCUGCAACUUUGGAAAAAUAAAAUGGGCGACAGAGGGAUUUUGAGUAUUGCAGAAGGUAUUAGUAGUUGUGCUAAACUAACAACUUUAACUUUAAAUGCAGUUGCAAAUUUAUUUGGAAAAGAAGGUGCAUUUUCUAUAAGUACUAUGUUAAGUAGCUGUAAAAUGUUAACUUAUCUAGAUAUUAACCUCUCUAACAAUUAAAUUGGAGAAGUAGGAGCAUCUGCUAUUUGUAUAGUUCUAGGUAGCUGUAAAUUACUUACGAAUCUAAAAUUUAUGCUUUGUAACAAUAACAUUGGGGAUGGAGGAGCAUAUAAUUUUGGAAGAGCUUUAAGUAACUUACAGUUUCUUAUUAAUUUAAAAUUUUGUCUGAGGGAAAAUAAAAUAGGUGAUAAAGGAGCAUUAAACAUUGGGUUAGGCUUAAGUUAAUGCAAUCAACUUAAGAAUUUAGAUAUUGGAAUGGAAUUAAAUUAAAUUGGAUAAGAUGGAGCUUCUGCUAUUGGUAGGGCUAUUAGUGAGUGUAAAUUCCUAGCUAAUCUCUAGUUUUAUAUUUAUCAAAAUUAAAUUGGAGAUAAUGGAGCAUAAAAUAUUGGAUUAGGUAUGAGUAGUUGCACUCAACUUACAAAUUUAUAUUUUAAUAUAAGCAAAAAUUAAAUUGGGGAUGAUGGAGCUUCUACUAUUGGUGCAGCUCUUGGUAACUGCAAAUUACUUACUAAUCUCUAUUUUGAAUUUUGGAAAAAUAAAAUCGGUGAUAAAGGAGCUUAAAAUAUUGGAUUAGGUUUGAGUAACUGUACUCAACUUACAAAUUUAGAAUUUGGGAUAAGCUAAAAUUAAAUUGGGGAUGAUGGAGCUACUACUAUUGGUGCAGCUCUUGGUAACUGCAAAUUACUUUCUAAUCUCUGUUUUAAUAUUGGGGGAAAUAAAAUCGGUGAUAAAGGAGCUUAAAAUAUUGGAUUAGGUUUAAGUAACUGUACUCAACUUACAAAUUUAGUAUUUGCGAUAAGCGAAAAUUAAAUUGGGGAUGAUGGAGCUACUACUAUUGGUGCAGCUCUUGGUAACUGCAAAUUACUUACUAAUCUCAAUUUUUAAAUUUGGAGAAAUUAAAUCGGUGAUAAAGGAGCUUAAAAUAUUGGAUUAGGUUUGAGUAACUGUACUCAACUUACAAAUUUAUAAUUUGGGAUAAGCUUAAAUUAAAUUGGGGAUGAUGGAACUACUGCUAUUGGUGCAGCUCUUGGUAACUGCAAAUUACUUACUAAUCUCUGUUUUGAUAUUAGGGGAAAUAAAAUCGGUGAUAAAGGAGCUUAAAAUAUUGGAUUAUGUUUGAGUAGCUGCGCUUAACUUAUAAAUCUAGAUUUUAGAUCAGAUGAUAUUGAGAAGUUUCUAAAAUCUAGUGAAGUGAUCAAUUGUAAAAAUAUAAAAUUAUUGAAUCUACCAAUAAAAGAUUUGCUUGAAAAAAGAAAAACAGAAAUCAAAAGGUUAGCUUAAAAAAUAAAAAGAUUAGUUAAAUUAAACAUAGAUUGA